UACUUUAAUGACUCUUGUGGGCUUUCUCUCAAUUGUAAGGUAUUACAUCUUUUCUCUUUCUUGUUGAGUAUCAUUCUUGUCGUGUUCCUUUUAAGUUCUUGUGCCUCUUUGAAACUCGAAGUUGUAAGCUCAAAUCUAGAUCUAAACCUUUACCCGUUUUUCUGAAGUUGGGUUUCCCAUCUUCUGUCUCUUUUUUCAUUUAAAAGACCACAUCUUUAAAAUUGGGGUUUUGUGUUCUUUUGAAUCAAGAACUUGGUAUUUGCUCUGGAGGUGUAACUAUAUGGCGAAUCCAUGGUGGACGGGGCAAGUGGGGCUAUCGGGCCUCGAAACGACACCGCCAAGUUCAUCUCAGAUGAAGAAACCCGAUCUCCAUAUCUCCAUGAACACGGCCCUUGGAGCCACAGCGAGUGAGACCGCUCACAACCACCACCAAGACAUUGAUGACGAGAGAGACAACCAUAGCGACCACGAGCCACGAGAGGGGGCCGUGGAAGCUCCCACGCGCCGCCCACGUGGCCGCCCUCCAGGCUCUAAGAACAAGCCGAAGCCUCCGAUCUUCGUCACGCGCGAUAGCCCCAACGCUCUCAAGAGCCACGUCAUGGAGAUCGCCAGUGGCUCGGACGUGGUCGAAACCCUAGCCACCUUCGCUAGACGACGGCAACGCGGCGUUUGCAUCCUCAGCGGAAACGGAACCGUAGCAAACGUCACUCUCCGACAACCUUCUUCCACUCCGGCCGCAGGUGGAGGAGGAGGCGCUGUGGGAGCUGGAGGGGUUAUGGCCCUGCACGGGAGGUUCGAGAUUCUUUCCAUGACGGGCUCGUUCCUGCCGGGGCCUGCCCCACCGGGAUCCACUGGCUUGACCAUAUACCUAGCCGGCGGCCAAGGCCAGAUCGUCGGCGGUAGCGUGGUUGGACCGUUGAUGGCUGCGGGGCCGGUUAUGCUGAUCGCGGCCACGUUCUCGAACGCGACGUAUGAGAGAUUGCCAUUGGAGGAGGAGGAGGAGAGAGCCGGAGGAGGUGGGCCGGGGCAGCUCGCCGGAGGAGGAGGAUCACCGCCGAGCGGAGGAGAUGGGAACCAGGGGCUUCCGGUGUAUAAUUUGCCGGGGAAUCUUGUCAACGGCGGAGGAGAACAGAUCAGCAGCCAAGAUGCUUACGGUUGGUCUCAAACUCGACCAGGUUAUUAAUAACGGAUCUCAAAAGUCUAAUUUAACAAAACGGAUAUUUUCGGAUAAUAAGAAUGAUCAGAUCUUGAUUGAUUAUGACGAUGAUGGUAUAAUAACUUAGUUAGCUACUACUAAUAGUGAGCUAUAUAGUGUUUUUUCUACAUUAUUUUGUACCCUCUCUUUGACUAUGAUCAUGGCUUAGUGUCAUUUAUUA